GUCAUUUUCGAGACCUAGUUCCUGGUCUCAAGCUGGUACAGUCGCAAAUUGAACCAACGACGAGCUUUCAAUGCCCUAAACUGAUUGUCAUUGCGCUUGGGCUUGUAGAAGUUGCGCCAUAACGAUAAAGAAUGGUCGCGUUGCAGGGACGAGUAAACAAUACUACCCGCUCUCGGGAUGCGCAUGCUGGUACGUGGGGAAGAUGGCGACAGCGACUGCUUCGGGUUUUCAUCGCCCCAGCAGCUGCCGCCGAGCUGGUUAGUAACGCAACCCACACUGAUCCCUCCGAAAAUAGUGGAGAUCGAAAAACCACGGCCAGCUUCAGCAAAAUCUAUGUGGAUGGGAAGCGUAGUGCUGCUGCUGUGCAACAAACUCACUCCGCUGAAAAUGGUCUUCCUGGUCGUGGCACGACACCGACAAGCGCUGAGGCGCGGACUGCCAGAAAAACGCAAACGACGAAUCUGGACCGCUUCCAAAGCGUCUUUCUGGAAAAGAAGCAGAGAUGAGAACGCCAAGAAAAGCAGGAGAAAACAAGUAAGGUCCAGCUCUACCCGGAUCUACCUUACUACCUGCACUGGCCAGGGUUUGCCUUUGAGGAUUUCAAAAUUCCGGACGUUUUCCAAGACGACGGCAAUCUUGGACCCGUGCCCGACCCACUCGAAGACAUGUUCAACCACGAGUUUGUAGACGCGGACACGGAAAACGAGCCAAAUUUCGGCAAGGAACUCAGCAACCAGGCGGGUGGGGCCGGCUACCAGCGCCACACGCUGUUUGAUCACGCAGCGAAACAGGUCGGUGCCGCCGCAAAGGGGCUAUCAAAUGCUAUAUAUGUCUGGGUCUGCAGGAGGAGUUGGAGACUUGUGAUGCAGGUUUUCCAUGUUGACCAAGUGCAAGCCCUGGAGUUUUGACGCAGGACCGAGCAUGACAAAUGAGAGAUCUCUAACCCUAUCAUGCCUCUUUUGCAUCAGAAACUCCCUGCUGCUCUCAGCCUGGUCAGUAAAAGUGGACAGUUUAUUUCGGUAAAAACACCUCCAUGGUGCGACACAGAUGUUUGCAUCGGAUCCAGACUUGGCGCGACUAAGUACUUGCACCAGUGGCCCAGACCCAGACAUAUUUCCGACGCAUACGGGCGCAUCUCCGACGAACUUUUCAACCCUGAAACGGAACUGAGCGCCCAGUACCAAGCGGUGCUGCGGGACGCGAUGGAGCGCACCUGGCAUCGCGACUUUGGGGAUCAGGAGGCAUUUACCGGAAACAGCAUCCCCGACCAGUUUUGGCAAACGACCGACGCGGAGGAGCUGAAGCAGAAUAUUCAAGCUGCAAAAACGGACUUUUUCGAGGCGAACCGGGAGGAGCUGGAAAAAAUAGAGGGGGUUGAGAACGCAAACGACUUCUGGCAGAAUCACGGCAAUGAAAAUUUGGCAAACGCAGCUGUAGAUGAAGGGCAUGCAGGACAACAUGUGGACCCAAGCAGUUUGAACUUCGAUGAAGCGAGUUGGGGUGCUGGGUACCACGACAACGAGGAUGACGAUACGGGCGGCAUUUCCAAGACGGAUUCCUGGAUGGAAACGGUUGCGGACCCCUGGCGCGAGUACUUCCGUACCGAAACCACGACGGGGCGGGCCAGUACGGGAAAGACCGUUGGGGGUCAGGCCUUAGAAGGCGUGAUGGGCAUGUCGGACACGGAAGAGCAUGCGCUGAUCGACGUGAUCGAAAAACACAAUGCGCUCAAGCCCGGCACGCUCGGCCAGCAUCUGGACGGGGCGGAGGCUGCGAAGUACCUGGCGGAUUCCCGCCAUGCCGCGGCGGACGUGCAUCCUCUCGACCCCAAAGACCCAACGGUCCUGCACGAACUGCACAGCCAGUGGCUGGCGCGGGUGCUGGCGCCCGGAGACGACCGCGAGGAAGCGUGGCUGCAGCCGGGCAGCGGUGCCAACAUUGACCCCAAGUGGAAGGCGUAUUUUGCGCAGGACGGCGACAAGUUUCCCGGCAUGAACAAUUUGCAGGAGAAGAACCUCAUCCACUUGAUCGAGGAGAGAUACCACCUCGAAGGCGCGGACAAGCUGGGCGACACGCUGGACCAGGAGGAGGCGGAGAGGUACCUCGGGCCGGGCGGUCAGUUGGACCCGGACGACGCGGAAACGCGGGCGGCCGUGGAGAAGCAGCGCAUCGCCUGGGACGACAUCAAGCACCUCGCCGGGGAGGACGGAAGAUUUUGCAGCUACGAUUGGGGUGGCGGUGCUGGGGCGUUUCCGAACCCGCCGCCGAUCGAACACGGUGUCCACGAUCGCUGGCUGGGAGACGACAAUUGUUGGCGCCAGGCGAGUUGGGAAGACACAUUUGGCGGAGAGGGGCUGGACGUGAAGACACAACUGCAGGGCGACGACCAGGACCACGAUUUGCGGUUUCCCGAGCACGAAGUUGAUGAAGUCGUGACCACAACGCCUCAUCCGGUCGUGGUGGAGCAUCCGGCAACGCCAGCCCCCCAUCCUCCACAGCCAGUUCCUAGCCCCGCUCAGGAUGCGGUAACGCCAGCCCCCCAUCCUCCACAGCCCGCUCAGGAUCCGGUAACGCCAGACCCCCAUCCUCCGCAGCCAGUGGAGCCACCGGAUUUCGACCACCGGCAUCCCAUAAUGUAUGAGCAACCAGCCACCCUUGAGCAAUUGGGAAUCACGCCGAGGAGCACUGCAAGCGGCCUCCUGACUACAGGUCUUCUUGCCGGAGCCGCAUUUUACCUCGGGGGCGGGGGUGCAGCUGCAAAGCGGGACGACAAGAAGAAAAAAACCUCGCCGGCCGCACGCGCGGACGACGACCCGGAGCCGGCUGCACUGGUCGCAAAGGACAAAACCUGGUACAACAAGGACGACAAUCCGGAAAAUAAGUCGCAGCUCCCAGCACAAGGACCAGCCGUGUCGCCGCAACCUGAACUUCCGGCCCUUUUUCCCACUAGCGGCAUCGCUGCUCCGCGGCCUGCGACGCAGCCGCAGGCAGCAUCCGCGGUGACCACCAACGUGAACGUGCAGAUCAACGGGCAGCGGAGUAGAGAGAACUCUUUCUCAUCUUCCUUUCUUGAAGUAGACCUCCCACACGAAGCAGGUCGGGCGGUCGCGUGGUUCGGUGAAGGCGGUGACGGGAUAACCAGUGCUGUUCAUUUGCCGGCGGGGGCAGCGACUUCCUCGUCCGGAGAAAAACCCGACACAGAGAUACAAAAUUAUGGGGCCCGGAGACAUACGGACGCGGAGCCGCAAGCCGCACGGGGAAACUUGCGCGGUGGCAACGCAAAAGUGAGAAAUGCAAAUAGCCACGAUUUUGACCACCACACUUCCGCGAGCUUGGACUGGGCACAACAACUGUGGAGACGUCGAUAG